CAGAAAUGAUCUAUAUUGCAUGAAAGGAACAUAAUUGCUGAUUUCUCUACCAACUUGUAUCGAUAUUGCCAAACAAAAGUAACAUUACAUUCCACAGAAGAUAAGCAGCAUCGGGAGCAGUGAGAGUGAGGACCAGGGGCCUCCGGGAAGAACAAGAUUUCAAAUCUAAAUGGAAGCGAAGAAAUGAGAAAAAGGCUGGGCUAAAUGUCUGAUGUGAUAUUACUCCCGUAUUUUCAUGGAAAGAUCAGCAAAAAGGCCUGUGAAGCUUUAUUUGCAGCAGAGGGGAAAGAUGGAAAUUAUUUACUCCGAGAGAGUGAGACCAUCCCUAAUGCUUUGUGCCUCAGUGUCUACUUUCAAAAAACUGUAUAUACGUAUAGAAUUUUUAAAAAUCAUCAAGGACGUUUUUUGGUUCAGGCUGGACAUGGAGUUAAAGAAAAGUUCUUCAAAAGCCUGCCUGAUUUAAUUGCUUACUUUAAAAAACCUGACAAAGGUCUAGUGAUUCAGUUAAAUUGUCCUCUGGAAAAUAACAAAACUAAACAGGAAGAUGAAGACAAUGGAUAUGAAGAAGUUAAUGAUGCUGACUAUGUUGAAGUACUUGGCGAAUGAAAAUGUUCAAAAUUGUUGAACGGAAGAACAAUUUUCUUUCUUCUUAAAGUAAUAUAAUUGUUGCAAAGUUGGGUAGAGCACUUGUGGAUUGAGAGGCAGGAAUUU